AUGGGCCUGAGCGACGACAAGGAUCGCAUUGUGAUAAACGUGGGAGGGAUCAGACACCAGACGUACCGCAGCACCCUGCGCACCCUGCCCGGCACCCGGCUGUCCUGGCUGGCAGAGCCUGAUGCGCCCAAUCACUUUGACUAUGACGCCAAGAUCCAGGAGUUUUUCUUCGACCGCCACCCUGGCGUGUUUGCACAUAUCCUUAACUACUACAGGACAGGUAAACUGCACUGCCCGGCCGAUGUCUGCGGGCCUCUGUACGAGGAGGAACUGGCCUUCUGGGGCAUCGAUGAGACAGACGUGGAGCCGUGCUGCUGGAUGACCUAUCGCCAGCACCGGGAGGCAGAGGAGGCCCUUGAUAGCUUCGGAGGGGGGGGCUUGUUAGACCUGGGGAGCGACGACGUGGAGCCAGACCUGGAUCACGCCACCGAGGAUGAUGUGGAUGAGAUGACAAGGAGGCUGGCGCAGGGAGACACUCACGAUGCCAGGAGUGGAAGCCUGUGGAGCAGGUGGCAGAAACACGUCUGGGCUCUGUUUGAGGACCCUUACUCCUCUAAAUAUGCAAGGUGGGUGGCUCUGGCCUCGCUGUUCUUUAUUCUGGUGUCCAUCACCACUUUCUGCUUGGAGACCCACGAGGCCUUCAACCCCAUCAUCAACCGCACUGAGACGGAGGUGGUGAACAACGUCACAAUUGUGCACACCUACCAGGAGACCGAGACUGCGCUCUACCUCACUUACAUCGAAGGCGUUUGUGUGGUGUGGUUCACUUUUGAAUUUCUGAUGCGAAUAACUUUCUGCCCGAAUAAAUGUGACUUCAUCCGGAACGCCCUGAACAUCAUCGACUUUGUGGCCAUCCUGCCCUUCUACCUGGAGGUCGGCCUCAGCGGGCUCUCCUCCAAGGCGGCCAAGGACGUGUUAGGUUUCCUGCGAGUCGUCCGCUUUGUUCGGAUCCUUCGUAUCUUCAAGCUGACCCGUCACUUUGUGGGGCUGAGGGUGCUGGGCCACACGUUGAGGGCCAGCACCAACGAGUUCCUGCUCCUCAUCAUCUUCCUCGCCCUCGGUGUCCUCAUCUUUGCCACUAUGAUCUACUACGCUGAAAGGAUUGGAGCUAACCCCAACGACCCUCGAGCCAGUGAGCACACACAAUUCAAGAACAUCCCGAUCGGAUUCUGGUGGGCUGUGGUGACCAUGACGACCCUCGGCUACGGAGACAUGUACCCUCAGACGACCUCUGGUAUGCUGGUCGGAGCCCUGUGCGCCCUGGCGGGUGUGCUGACCAUCGCCAUGCCCGUCCCUGUGAUUGUCAACAACUUUGGAAUGUAUUACUCCCUGGCGAUGGCAAAACAGAAACUACCAAAGAAAAAGAAUCGGCAUAUCCCACGGGCACCCCAACCAGGUUCUCCAAACUUCUGUAAGUCAAGCAUCAGCUCCCAACAUCCGAGCCCCAUACCCCAUGACGACGUUUUCGAGAUAAAGUUUCAAGAUUCCAAGUUGAACGGUGAGGCAGCAAACGCAGCGCUGGCCAACGAAGAUUGUCCUCAUAUAGACCAGGCCAUAUCUCCAGAGGAAAUCUUCAGCCCCAGCGAGAGAGAGCGGCCCUGCUUCCUGGUCACCACUUCUGAACGCCCCAACCACACAGGGGGCAGAGUGAGGAGGGGUUAUGAAAAGCCUUGGAGCCUUAACAGCAUGUCUGGCAUGAGCGGGGAUGCCUCUGGAGUGUCCUCAGUGUCCGCCCUGCCCUGCAGCCCACCUUGUCUAAUGCAGCACUCACAUUCGCCCAUCCCAUCCAUUAUGUAG